AUGAGAGAGAAAGAGAGAGGGAGAGAUGGCUCAUCCACCUACCUACCAUUGUUGUCGCGGAAGCAGUUACUGGCUGAGGAGAUUUUGGAUGUGCCAACUCCUGAUUUGGAAGAUCGCAGUGUGACCUUUCUUUGGAUCACAUCCUUUGCAAUGGAUGUGGUCUUAGGACGGUUUUGUGCUAUGGUUGUUCUGGAUGAUGAAGAAGAAAAAAUAUGA